AUGGGUGCGUCUAUGUCUUCGCACCGUGACGAACAACAACGCCAGAUCAAAAAGGCUGAAAAACACCUGAAGAACCAAUACGAUGGUAAAUGGCAUUGGUCCGUUGAGGGCAGAGCCCAUCGGCCCUCUAUCAGUGCACGCAAAUUAGAGGAUCGUAUGCUAGAGCUGCAGGACUCUAAGCAAGUAUACCGAAAGCGACGCUAUCUAAAUCCCUGGCGGGGCAACGAACACGAGAAAUUCCCCGAUGUGGACGCUUAUUACAGCACGAAUAAAGAGUACCCCCGUCGACUGGUUGUACAAGCGGCCUCGAAUGCAUUGGACGACACAGGCCCUCGUCACUGGAGCCGCCGAAAGAUCAAAGGACAUGUGCCGCUUAUCAUCGCACUUGCGGAACUCUGCUUGAACCCGUUGGGACUCGAACAGUAUGAGAGUGGCUAUGAUGACGAGGACGACGCUGACAGACACGGGAGACAACGCAAAGAGGAUCCAUUGUCUAUCCUUCAGCGCAUCGUUCAUGUGAUAGCAGCAACUCUCUGCACCUUGGGACUUGCUUGGAUCAUUCAGCUGUUGCUCUCUAUUCAAGUUGUCACCGCUCCUUGGAGUGAUGAUGGCACCGCCGAGCCUUACGAUGAGUAUGAGAACGUGCAAUGGUAUUGGCCCAAACACGCUGUCAAUGUACUCGACCAGUCACCCGAAAAUACGAAACCACAAUCGCAGCUCACCAAGCUUACCAUUCCUCGACGCUUGGUGGUGAGAGACCCCGUAACCAAGCAGUGGAUCGUCAAAGAGACCACCGAGCUCCGCGAUCCGAAAACGGGAAUGCUACAGUCCUACAUAUUUCUCAGUUUCUCCCGAGCAAAUUACCUUGGCAAGAAAGACCACGAGCUACGACCGUUUUUCUAUCGCAUCGCAGAAGCUAUGCUGAAGCAUGAGAACAGAGAUAAACACCCGGAUGAACCCCUCGUGGAGGCGUUCUGGGUUGACCUGGAUUGUGUAUCACCCGACGAUGUGAACGACAAGACUGAAGAGGCAAAGGCAGAAUCUAAACGUACGAAGGAUGUUCAUUCGAUUUGUGAUGCAGUUCGUUGCGCAAAGCGAGUCUAUGUCGUCCUACCUAGCGACGACCCUGAGCAGAAGAGGAUAUGGGGACAGCGCAUCUGGACGUUACCAGAGGUCCUUCUUGCAGCUGGCAAAAUUCGAUAUUGCUUUUCGAACCCUGAUACAGUUGAAAACAAUGACCAAGAUCUCCCACACUUUGAUGUUACCUUGACGGAUAUGUACGACAGCUUCUGGCCUGGGCCAACGUCUCGUUUCCACUCAAGCCAUGAGGAACAGUACGGUGAAUCGCGUGAAGAUGUGAUCGGCCAUCUCGUCAAUCAUUACACCAACACCACCAAGCUCAGCGAAUUGCAAUUGUUCACUUGUGCUGUUCAAGCCAUGGCUCAAUUGUCUACGGGUAAAGACGUACAAGGCUACACGACAGCAGAUAUGGCUUAUGCCGCCAUGGGACUCCUGGCCUACCGCAUCAGCCCCAAUCCUACGGAUAGCCCUUUCCAGGCUAUUGCACGACUGUCCCUUGUGAAUGAUAGUGACAACCUACUUGAGCGUCUUGUCUGUCUGUGGCCAUCUCAUCUCCCUCAAAGCGAGCUUGAACAGCUAGCUCAGAGCAACAACAGUGUGGCCGAAAGCGAGACAAUUCUGAGGAACAUUGCCGAUCGCGACCAAUACUCGGUCCAUCUCUGGGAUAUAGAACCCACCUGCAGUGUCGUUGGUAUCGGCGACGAUCAGCACACGCCCACGGUUAUUCUGGAUCGAUGCCGUGGUAUUCCCAUCCGGUGGAAGGAUUUCCCUAGGGUCAAAUAUGUCAAAGAUCUGAACGGGUUCCGCGCGACAAUCUCGCAAAAGGCCGUCUAUGCUGGUGCUUGGUUCCUGCUUACCGGCUUCGGUCUAUUUUCGUCGGCCAUAUCGCUCGAGUUCUCCCUCCUCAAUAACCAGACUUCCAUCGACAUAUCCAUGUAUCUGCUCGGUGUUGCCUUGUUCGUUGGGUGCGCUUGGAUCAUUUCCUGGUUCAGUCCGUGGGCAGUACGACAGCUUUGCAACAGCGGUGCAACGGGUGUAUCCUGCCAUCUGGUAGGAUUCGAAGGCACCAUGUCUUUGAGAGAUAUUGAGAAGAUCAUCUAUGGAAACUUCAAUCACCGCCUGACCUAUGCACCUUCGUCGACGAUUUUCGCCAAGAAUCUACGCAACAAAAAGACUCGGGAGGGAAUGGAACCUCAAGAUCCAGGCUGGUGGCAGCAGGAAGCCAAGAAUCUGAACGUUCCCGAGGGCCAUCGUCUUUUCACGAUCGUGGAUACAGGAAACAUGACUGUCUCAGUUAUAGCUGCAGAGCGACCACCCGUGGUUGCGCUCAUCUGCGGUCGGGAGGGUGGCAUGGUUCGCGCUCUCCUAUGCAGUUGGCGGUUCGAGCAGAAUUGCCUCUACCGCGAGUGUGUCAUGCGAAUGCGCAGCUCUGUGGAGUAUCUGGCGACCCCGAAUGACUGGCUGAAGGUUAGCCUGGCCAGCCAAGGAGAUGUCAGCCGUGCCAGAGUGGAACAUCUUCGACAGGAAUUGGAAAGACAGGCAACCCCCGCUCCUCCUACCCCUCCUCCCAAGGACCAACCUACGAAGGUGUCUGUGGCGACUCUUGAACCUCAUAUCUACACUCAAGCUCUGGAGUCGUCGCAGACACAAGCUCCCGUUAAUGGGAAGACCACUCCCUAG